GCAACUGUCCAAACACGGACGACCCCAUUUUCUCAUUUGCCUUUAAAGGGCUAAUUAGGCACGAGCGAUGUCUGGACGCGAGCUCGCAGCUCAUAAAUGUCGGAUUUUUACGACUUGGGCACGGCAAGGGCUCGUGGGAGCUAAAGGGUCCGGAGGGUGUGGACGUUCUUCGUCGACUUCUUCGAACAAAAGAAACUUCUGUGCUGUGUCUGCCGAACCACGGAGGGCUGACAAAUGAAAAGGAGGCGGCGGAGGAGGAGGAGGAGGAGAUGCUGAAUUGCUGAUGAUGGAGCACGUUAGCCGUUAGAGAAUCGGAUUGCUUUUACCCGAGAAGAAAUUUGAGGAGGCGGAUAGGAAGUGGGAGAUGCGGACGAUCUGCGAUGUGUGCGAGAAUGCUGCCGCGAUCGUUUUCUGCGCUGCCGACGAGGCUGCCCUGUGCCGGGCUUGCGACGACAAGGUUCAUAUGUGUAACAAGUGGGCGAGUCGGCAUGUGCGUGUUGGGCUCGCCGAUCCUAGUGAGGUCCAGCGUUGUGAUAUAUGUGAGAAUGCCCCUGCUUUCUUUUACUGUGAGAUAGAUGGUAGUUCCCUGUGCUUGCAAUGCGAUAUGCUUGUGCAUGUUGGCGGCAAGAGAACCCAUGGGAGAUAUCUCUUAUUGAGGCAGAGAGUCGAGUUUCCAGGGGAUAAACCUGGUCGAUUAGAAUUGCAAACGCCUAAUCAGAAUGAGGUGAAGAGGGAAAAAGAUCAGCCACCUUUGCUCGCGAUGAAAGAGGUCCCACAGAAUCACAAGGCGUCUCCAGUACCUGUCCGAGAUGCUAGUUCUAGCGGCGAAGGCAAGAUGGAAGAAGAAUUGAUUGAUCUCAAUUCUCGGCCUCAAAGGAAUAAAGGGCAGACUUCGAUGAACGAGGAUAUGGAUGUGACAAAUGGCUCUAAUCAUGAAUCCGCUGGCGUUGUUCCUGUUGGAUCGUUUGAUAGAGAGCCUGAAAUGUAAGCAAAUGUACCUCCAGGAUGGGUGGAUGGAAUUAGUUAAAGAAGGCAACGAAAGGGCUUCCAGGGAAACCUUUAUUAACUCUUGCCACUCAGACUGACUCUUCCUUGCUUUCGCUGCAUUAUGACGGGAAGCAGAAAGCUCAUGAAAAACUUUUGUAGCUUGUUGGGGCAGCAUCUGCACUGUAAUUUCCUGCUUGUCCUGCUCACCAUCUCUGGUCUCUUAGCUGGGAGAUUCACUUAACUUUCUGAAGGAAUAAGGAUGCUUGUGUUUUGGUGAGAGAAUGGAUUUCAGACGAUUCUGAUGUGUGUCAGAGAAUGUUCUAAUGUGCUACGACCUAGUCAACAGAAUCAACGCUUAGGGCAUGGUGGCUUUUGUCAGCUUCAUUUUUAGUGGAUACUCUGUGAUAAUAGAAUAACUUAUGGCAUCCAAGAGCGAGUUGCAAACACAGUUAGUCAACUGAUUGUUUUGCUGGGAUCCGCUUUUAGGUACUCAUUUAGUGGGAGAUUUUUCACUGAAACUUGUGUUUUGUCUGUCCUACUUGUUUCAAUUGGUGUGGGGCCUACAUCUCUAUUUCAAGGGAUAACAUGAGAGUUACCCUUGACGGAAUUGAUGGGAAGUUGAAUAUUAUUAAAUUGCAGGCGACUUUUACAACUUUUUUGAUUCCUUCACCUUGCAUAAACUUAAGGAUUGGCAUAGCUUUCAUCAGUUUUUGCGCGGACAAUAGAUGGAUUGCCAGGGAAUGAAGUGAAUUAUCUAAUUGGAUGGUGAAGAUUCAUU